AUGUCGUUUCCUCCCUCCAUCUUCAGGGUAUACCAGCCUUUGCCAGCUCCCUCGAGAAGGGCUGACAAAUCCAUCGUCGAAGAUCCGCCGUCCUACUACGCGUCGAAACGAUGUCGACUGUGCCAGUUCUCCCUCAGAGAUGAUCGGUUCUCGCCUGCGUUUGGCUUUCGCGUGAACGAUGCGUUCCACUCCAGGCGUCACCGGAUCGACGGAACCGGCAGCAACGUUGUGCGGCUUUUCCAUUCUUCCUGUAUCAAGUUCAAGCGUUUUGUCAUUACCUAUGACUUACUCGCCGUUACAGAGCACAGUAUCGGGCUCUCUGAGCUCGAGGAGCGCCAGCGUCUCAAGCGCAUCCAACACUUGUUGGCUCCAAAGAUAUCCAAUCUUCUGUCAGCAAAAGUCCCUUUCGAGGUGACGACAAUGAUUGCCAGCUAUCUUGUACGCGAAAGCGCUAUAAUUACGGUCAAGAACCAGUCAGUCUUCAGUCAAGCAUGCGACAUCACAGUCAAACUCUCCGAGGAUGUAUACGCAAGCUCCAGUGUGAUAGACGGCGUUCGAUACAUCAAGAGUUUGCACAACAUCGACACAGUUCAAGGUGAGGGAUAUCGCCUUAUUCUAAACGCCAACGAUAAGGGACCUGUCUAUAAAAUCAGGAUUUGCGAGGACCACCUGGGUAUUAGAUUUGUCCAGUUCCUCCCUCCAACUCCUGGGUCAAAGAAAUUCCCAGAAAUGACAGGAUGGUGGAGGGAUAUCUCACCCUCUAGAUUCAAAUUCUCUGCGAUACGAGUCGAGUCAGAUGGUAUCAAGCUCAGAAGGAUCACCGACGCCUCUGAUGAGGAGGCAAAAUUCAAAUUCCCUCACGUAGGAUGGCCAACUCCCGACUACCCCUCAAACAAGAUUGAUCUUCUCCUCUAUGACUACCCUGUGCGGCAGUUUGCUGUGAGUAGGAAUGUUCGCAUGACAUACUUUGACUGCAACGCCCCAGAUGUCACGGGCUACACCAUGGUUUGCCAGAGUCACUGGGUAUCUACCAUCCACGCGCACGGGGAAGAAAACGACACGGAAUUCUAUAAAGAGGUCGAUGCAUGCUUUGGAGAUCAGGUACACGUCUUGAUCUACAUGCCCGUAGAUCAAGGGGAAUACAUCACCGAAAUCCAGCGACGCUGGAGGGGGAGAAUUGGCGGGGACUUUUUCGAUCUUGUGUUCAAAACGAAUCGAGCAAGACAAACCAUCUUUGGAUCAGACAAGGAGGGCCUUCACAAUUUGAUCUUGAAUCCAAUCAUGAAACCUUCCCAACAGGGCUCACGCAUCUACUUCAACAAGGUCGGCCCUGAAAACGAGCCGGCUGUCAGGUUCAUUGCGUCCGAUGAAGCAAUCGAGGAGCCUAUCCGAAACCGACAGCCCCGGCCAGGCCCACGCACACUCGACCCUCCUCAUAUCGUCCGCAAGAAUCCCUGGUUCACAUCUCGAUGCACUCUGGAGAGAGUCAAGGAUGUUACCCUAUGCAGAGACGUUUCUCUAUCCCACAGACCUGUCAUUGGAAUGCUCGUGCAAUAUACGGAUGGUCAUCAGGAGUGCUUGGGAGAGUUCCGCUUCGACAGGGCUCUCAAGACGAUCCAGGCUGACCAGAGCGGAGGGCUGCACAUUGAUCUGCAGAAGAUGGAGGAUGAGGAGUCUACGUACGUGGAGGAUGUGCGUGGCUUUCCCCUGGGGGAUCCAUCCCUUUGCCCGGAAGACGAGUCCUGGAUCGAGGUAUCGUGGAGCGGCACGUUGGAGUGGAGGUUUAGGUGGGUAGACUGUACCGUGACGCACAUCCCAGCUGUGCAAUGA